AUGGUCAGCACAAUCCACACAGACAACGAAGAUGAACUUCGUGUUGUUGCGCGCCCGGUGCGCAAAACGAAACCUACAGCAGCACUUCUCCAACAUUCAGAGAAGGCAGCCAUCCCUUCCCAAAUGAAAGCAAUCAACGACUUCCGUGCUGCUGAAGCUGCAAAACUCGCCACUGAAUGCCAACUAGUUGCUGCCGACCAAACUGAAAUCUCUCCUGCUCCCGAGAACAGCAAAAGGGUACGGAGUGAAGGGAUUUUUGACACUGACAUUGAAAAGAGUGACGACGAGCAUGAAAAUGCCCAAAAACGAGUCCGUCAAGCCACUGUAACGGAAGAUCGUGAUGAUGACCAUGAUGACGAGUGUGAAAAUGCCCAUAUAAAUCCCAAACCAAAACGAGUCCGUCAAGCUGCUGUAAUGGAUCAAGAAGAUGUCGAUGAGGAUGGAAUUCUUGCCGAUAUUGAUGUCCAGCCAAUUACUGACCCUGGUCCCUCACGAGAGGAUAGGACUCGCGACCUUGAUAGAUUUUUCGGUAAACCUUUUGAGCGCACCGGUGCUAAUGGAAUAGUGAAAAAGCAUCGUAAAUGCACCGCAUCAGCAAUAUCUCACAUUUCCUUUUCGGUCUGA